AUGUUUAGCAAGUCCUCGUUCCUGGUACUGGUACUGAGCGCGUUCACUGCCCUUGCCUCGGCUGGUGGCACCAACGACACGCUUGCCCAGAAGCAUGCUACGCGUGGCAUGGACGGUGUCCGUCACGUCCCCCACGUCCAGCGCAUGGAGCGCCUGGCUCCCCGUGCCGGCCCCAAGCUGCGCUUCAACUACGGCCAGGACAAGGUCCGUGGUGUGAGCGUUGGUGGCUGGCUCGUGAUUGAGAACUUCAUCACUCCUUCCAUCUACCAGAGCGCGAACGACAACCGCGUCAUUGACGAGUGGUCGUUUGCCAAGUACGUCGACCACGACCAGGCCGUCAGCACGCUGCGUGACCACUACGACAACUUUGUUACCGAGAAGGACUUUGAGGAGAUCGCCUCGUACGGUCUCAACCACGUCCGCGUUCCGUUCCCUUACUGGGGUGUCAAGACCUACAAGGGCGACCCCUACCUGAAGGUCAACCAGUACGACAAGCUCAAGGAGGCUGCUGGCUGGGCCAAGAACCACAACCUCAAGAUGGUCAUUGAGCUGCACACGGUCCCCGGCGGCGCCAACCCCUACGACCACGGCGGCCACACGAACCACUCCAACUGGCUUGGUAACGACAAGUACGAGGGCCGCACCCUCGAGAUCCUCCAGGAGCUCUCGAGCGAGUUUAGCCAGAGCAAGUACAGCGCCGUCAGCGCCAUCUCGCUCGUGAACGAGCCCAACGGCGACGUGGAGAAGAUCCGCAACUUUUACCAGCGCGGCUACAACGUCGUGCGCUCGCCCGACAAUGACCAGUCGAACCUCCUUGUGAUCAUUGGCGACUCGUUCCUGAACCCCGCCCAGAACGACUACUGGCACAACAAGAUGCAGCCCCCCAAGUACCAAGGCGUUGCGGUCGACACCCACGUGUACCGUCUCUUUGACCCCUCGUCGAUCGCUCUGAGCCAGGAUGACCGCAUCUCGUACUACUGCUCGCUCAAGGGCGGCUUCCAGAACGCCAACUCGCAGCUCUGGUCGAUGGUCGCCGAGUGGUCGCCUGCCUUUACCGACUGCGCCCCGGGCCUGAACGGCCGCUUCCAGGGCAGCCGCUACGAGGGCUCCUUCCCGGGCUCGACCCGCCGCGGCUCGUGCAAGAACAAGUCGGGCAACGCCAACAACUUCUCGGACGGUUUCAAGAAGAACCUCAAGAAGAACUGGGAGGCCCAGGCCGACGCCUACGAGGGCGGCCUCGGCUGGAUCAUGUGGACCUGGAAGACGGAGCACCACAACGCUGAUGACUGGAGCUACCGGGCAGGUGUCAAGAACGGCUGGAUCCCCCGCGACCCCACCCACCGCAGCUUCUCGUGCUAA